AUGUUGAUCUUGGGGCUCAACGGAUUAAUGGGUACAAGUAUUCUUUUACUGCAGUUUCUGUGGAUAUACUAAUGGGUCUCAGUGGCCCCAUGUCCAAUUUUGCAUGUCUUUGACCAGUGUACCAUACAUAAAGAUAACAGGUAUUUGUUUUUAAGCAUGUUAAGACUUUUGCUUGCUUUUAAUGUUGCUUUGCUGUUUAAAAAGUUAGUAAACAUGCAUUAACUUACAUGCCACAGGUACAAUAUGUCCAAGCCAGACAAAUUCUAUGAGAGCUGCCCACAGAAGCGGACAUUCAGAAGAACUGAAAACAUGCUGCCAGUUGAAACGAGGCAAAAGGAACUUUGUUGCAUCAAUCCCCCACUUCUUAACAUCCCAUUCGAUCAUGUCAUCCUUGAUGAGCUACACCUGUUUCUCAGAGUAACAGAUGUGCUAACUCGCAAUGUGCUGGAUGAAAUGAUUGAGUUGGUGGACGAAGAAAGCCACAAAAGGAAAGUUGCUAACCCUUCAGUGAUAUGGCAACAUUUGCAAACUGCUGUAGAGGCCAUCAACAAGUGUGGAGUGACAUUUUGGGUUUGGGAGAAGAAGAAUGCCGAUGGAAAGGGCAGUGGCACAUAUGACUGGACCAGUCUUAUCGGCAAUGAGAAGAAAAUUCUUUUGAAAACCUUCCCUGGACACUUCCCCUCGAUUCUACGUCCUAUAACACAGCCACAACUGUGAAGAAAAUAUGGGAGGUAUGAAUGCUAUAUUUAGUAUUACAUACAAAACUAAUGGCUUACAUUUUGUAUAUUCAUGACUUCUUGAACUACCAAACUACAAUAAUUGCGAAAUAGGAAUUCAAUAAAAAACCCAAUCAAGUUAUAAAUGAAUAAACCUCUGCUGUUGCUAAAUGAUUUUUUUACUGAAGCAAUUCAAGGAAAAAUGUUGAAAGCCACGUACUAGUAAGUAAUAAUGCAACUCCCCUACAUGAACUUUUAAAAGCCUAAAGCUAUAGUGAUAACAUGAGUAUGAAAUAAUACCUACAAGAAUAUCAAAAUAAUUAUUUAAUAAUUUGAAAAGACAAAGAUGACAAACUGACUGUAACUUCUGCAGUCUAACAACAAUGAUAAAAGACCCUACAUAGAGUAGCAUGCAGAUUACAUUGUUUUGCUCCCUUUUAGGAGCAACUCAGUCUACCAAGCAAAAGAAAAAAGAUGAGUAUCGCCUUAAUUACUAAGUAAAUACAAUGUGUAGAACUAAAAUUUUGUAUCUAACCUUAAACACUGAGGUUUUAUGUUUAAUAUGGCUAAUCAAUUGUUACAGCAGCUAUAAGAAUUAACCUUAGAAGUCAAAGAUAAAUCAUCUCUGAAAUUUGUCGAUCAACAGGACUUUCGAAAACUACUGUACUUUGACAACAUUUCAGUGUUGGACAAUGUAGAUGCUACUCUGUUCUGUCAAAAGGUGCCAAAAAUAUGUAUUUUCUUGCUUUACGGCUUUGUAUUUUGCUUUUCGAAGAGCAGCUCUAUUAUUAAUGAUUCGAUUUUCAAUUUGUUGUCAUUUUACAGGCAAAAGAUUGAGUAAAACUAUUCUGCUCAAUGGGACACAAACAUAGUGGCUAUGGCAAAAAAAAUGUGACGUGUUACAUGUACUCAGUAGUAUACCAUGUGCCUGAAGCUAUGAAAAAGCACAGUAAUGUUAAACAGUUUAUGGGACAAGGUACAGAACAGCCCUGGAAAAUUUAAAUAUUGCAAAGUAACUGAAAUAAAAAUAACUACAAACCAUAUUCAUUUAACACGCAUCAACUCAAAACUACAUAAGAUUUAAAGUUACCUUAGAGGGCUUGCAACAGACUUUAAGACUGAAAAGGUCAAUCAACAUCAAAAUGCCCCAAUUUUCUUCUGAGUAUUACAUCAUUCAAUAGAAACAGGACCAGUCUUAUUAAAGGGUUAAAACAAACCUAUCUUUUGCCUUAUCUGCGUUCCUGAGCUAGUUUUUGCCCAACAUUAAUGGUACAUUCUCUUAAUAUUACUAACUACCAUAACUUAAUCCUUAUAGGCGUUGAAAAGAAUAACGAUGACGCGAGGUGA